AAGUCGUCAACGAAGCGCGAAACUUUAAUGGGUCUUCAGCAAGAACUGGAGAAACUUGCGGCGACAGCUGACAAGGAUCGUAGUGUAAAAAAGGAAUUGGAUGGAUUUCUAAAUUUAUUCACAAGGUUCCUGAAGGUGAAACCGACUGUUGACUGGAAAAAAAUAAACCCUCUUCCAGAACAUGCAAUCAUACAGUACGAAGAGCUCAGAGAGCCGAGCAAGGAAGCUAUAAGUGAACGGUUGAAUAAGUUAGUGGUGGUCAAACUGAAUGGUGGUCUUGGGACUUCAAUGGGAUGUAAAGGCCCUAAAUCGAUCAUAUCUGUCCGGAACGAACUUACAUUUUUGGACCUUACUAUGCAACAAAUUCAGCAUCUAAAUCGAACAUACAAUGUUAAUGUUCCUUUGGUCCUCAUGAAUUCCUUCAACACUGAUGAAGACACUUUGAAACUUCUGCGAAAGUAUGCUAAUGUAAGAGUGGAAGUCCAUACAUUUUGUCAAUCGAAAUACCCCAGAAUUUCGAAGGAGUCCAUGAUGCCCAUUGUUAAAAACGUUACGAACAAUGAUCUUGAAGGGUGGUAUCCGCCAGGUCAUGGAAACUUUUAUGAAGCUUUUUACAACUCUGGCCUGUUGGACAAGUUCAUACAACAAGGGAAAGAGUGGUGUUUUAUCUCCAACAUUGAUAACAUGGGAGCAACAGUUGAUUUGAAAAUUUUGGACUUUGUCUGCAGCGGUGCGAAUGGGCAGGGAUCCGAAUUUGUUAUGGAAGUUACUAACAAGACUCGAGCAGAUGUGAAGGGUGGUACUCUUAUUCAAUAUGAAAAUCGUAUGAUGUUGCUGGAAAUUGCACAAGUCCCAAAAGAUUAUGUAGAAGAGUUUAAAAGCGUCAGCAAGUUCAGUAUAUUCAAUACGAAUAACUUGUGGUCCAAAUUGGAUGCCAUAAAACGAACGAUUGAGAACAAAGAGUUGCAAAUGGAGGUCAUAGUGAAUCCAAAGCACUUGGAAAGGGGUAUAGACAUAAUUCAGCUGGAAACUGCUGUUGGUGCUGCGAUUCAAAGCUUUAAAGGAGCUUGUGGUGUUAACGUGCCAAGGUCACGUUUCUUGCCAGUGAAAAAAACGUCUGACUUGUUGUUGCUGAUGUCAAAUCUGUACGACAUUGAAAGUGGGAGCCUCACAUUAAGUUCUCUUCGCCCCUUCAGGACAACGCCGUUAGUGAAACUAGGGACGUACUUUGACAAGGUUAAAGAUUUUUUGACAAGGUUUGAUGGGAUCCCAGACUUACUGGAAUUAGACCACCUGACAGUUUCUGGUGAUGUUUGGUUCGGGAAAAACGUUUCUUUAAAGGGAACUGUAAUAAUUAUUGCGAACCACGGAGACCGUAUAGAUAUCGCCCCGGGAACCAUAUUGGAGAACAAAAUUGUUUCUGGGAACUUGCGAAUCUUGGAUCACUAA